UUUGGUGAGGGUAAAAGGAGCAAUGGACAUGAAGUUAUUGACGAUAACUUUAAGGACAAAAUAAAUAGAGUGGUGGAAAGAAGGGGAAGGGUUACGGGGAGUGGGAAUGGAAGGAAAGUGGUGUUGGUGGGCCGACAAUGGCUGGGUAUAGCCAUAGGAUGGAGUAUUUUGCUGGUCAAGGUUAAUACAAGUAUUCACAAUAUUAUUAUUAUUUUCGGUUCAUGGGUCAGAAGGCCAUCAGUGCAUUGGAAUGCAUACUGCUGUCGCAUAUCAACAUGGUUAUUUUACUUGAAGAAGUUGUUACGAGUCAGAGCAACAUAUCUCAACGUAAUGCAAAUGUCGAAAGUUUUAGGCGAGCAGCUAAACAGUGGGCACCCAGUAUGGCCCGUUGCGAUUCACGGUCAUUAUACGGAUGCUGGUGACUCAGCGGGCCGGUUAUCCGGUGCGUUAAACAUACCAAUGCUUUUCACGGGUCAUUCGCUUGGUCAAGAUAAGUUGGAACAACUUUUGAGACAAGGAAGAUUAACGAAAGAUGAAAUUAACACUACGUACAAAAUCAUGCGGAGGGUAGAGGCGGAAGAAUCGAGUCUUGAUUCAUCUGAGGUGGUUAUUACUAGCACCCGGCAGGAGAUUGAUGAGCAGUAGCGGUUGUAUGACGGGUUUGACCCGGUUCUGGAAAGGAAACUUCGGGCUAGGAUUAGGCGUAAUGUCAGCUAUUAUGGCAGGUUCAUGCCUCAUAUGGUUGUAAGUACCAAAAUGUUCUUAUGUUCUGUUUCUCCUCUUCAAGUCUUAAAUGGGUCAAAAUGGGUUGACUUUUGUAUGUGUCAAAAUGGGCUGGGUUGGGUUGACGCAAACCCAUUUUAUCCAUUUUUUUAUAACAAGUAAUUAGUGCAUCAAACACGAUUAAAAAAAAUUAUAUUAGUUCAGCAAUAAUCUAUUUUUAAAAUUGUUUUUGAAGGUUUUAUGCAUUAAAAAUAGACUUUGGACGACCUUUUAGGGGUGUAAAUUUUUACACGACCCGUAAACACGACACGAUUAUGUGCUAAUCCUUUCUUUUGAUUAUGUUAUUAGAAAACAUGUGCUAAUUCUUUUUUUGAAUUGUUAAAUAACAUUUUUUUUGUAUGUUUUGGUGACUGUGUAACCACAUGAAAGGUGAGUUUGUGGUAGUUUAGAUGUUUCAUUCAGUUAAGAACGAGUGCGAAAUGAGCUGACUGAUGUUUUGGGUAGGUUUGUAUUGUAUUGCAGAGAAGGAUCGCGAGUUGGGGUUCGCGCAUAGUGAAAUUAAAGUUCAAUGGUUCAAACGAGACAUUCAGUGAAUGAGUAUGGUUGCGUCUAGGGUGAACUGCCGGCUGAAGCGACAUAGGGAACAGCCAGGGGUAUUUUUUGUAUUUAAAACCUGGAUUUCUAGACAACAAGAUGCUUUAUACAAAUUGAAUUACUGAUACAUGUUUUUAACGUUUUCUGUAUGACAAUGAGGAGACAUGGAGGAGUACUGGUACAAUGGAUUAGCCCUGCAAGUUGUUCAGUCUUUUUGUCCGAUCAGUUUGAUCCUCCUAAAGUUCUUUGUGGUAAACCCUAAUAUAUGUGUACUUUAGUUUUUUGGUAUUACCAGUUUGGAGUGCCGGGCAAACGGUUGUGAUUGGAGCCUUAACAUCUGCAGCCGCAUUUGGAAUGGCUAAGGCUGUGCAGGGGUAGUAAAUGGUUACUUUGUUAUUGGUUCUGGUUUUUUUUUUCACUUUUAAAGUCACACAUGUUUUUUACUUUUGAUAUUGUAAUUGAGCUCUAUGGUAGAUUACAAUUAAAUUGAUUGAAUGGUUACACAAGUAUGAAAAGUUUCACAUGCUAAAAACCUCAAUACUUAGUCUGAUGCAUUAUUUUUGUUGUUUAGGCAAAAAUGGUGCUUGAUGAGGUGGGACCAGGAGUGUAAGCCAAAAUACACACACAUUUAUGUCAUGAUAUUUUGUCUGACCAUUUAUUUAUCUAAAUGCAAUUACCCGAGCGUACCUAUGCCUACCCGAGCGCAUAUUGAUUUGGGAGGUACUAAUGUUUGUGAGUACUGUAAAGAUUCUAUUUUUUUGUAUGAAGAGCGGCUGAAAUUGUCCCCUUAAAAGAGUAGACUGAAAUACAAUACGUGUUGUGGCGGAGGCGCUGUACGAAUUGACUUUCCAAAGGACCUGCCAAUGUCGAUAAAAGAUCUAUAUUCUAUACUACAUUUUAUGGCAAACAUACGCGCUGCGGAACCAUACCAGGGUCGUAACGAACUAACUGAUACCGGCCAAACAACACCGGUACGGAUAUUUGUUUUUAUGGUUUUCACUCGAUGUAAAAGACGUGUCGAUGUUGGCGUAUUCUCCUUUCUGCACUACACCGUUUCUCAUGGUUUUUAGUGGCUACUUUGAAUGGGUAUACAAACUGUAAGUUUUGAGUAGGCUGUGUGUUUUGUUUUCUAUUCUAUUGUUCUUUUUUUUGUUUAGGGUUGUAUGGUACCUUGGGGUUUUGUUUUGUUGUAGUCUUUCUGCAACUUACUAACGUUGCUGUUGUACUUGAUAAAUAUAGCAUAUUUCCAUAUUCAUUAUCCCUAAACAUAGUUGUAAGUUUUUUAUGGUCUACAUUCAAGUAU